AUGGAAGAGGCUGAGCUCUGCUUCCCACAGCUCCUCAACACCUCCUGCAGGAGGCCGCAGCCUCCUCACUCUGAGGCUCUGCUCGUUUACAUCCUGCUGUUCUUCAUCUCUGUGCUCACUGCCGCUCUCAACCUGCUGCUCAUCAUCUCCAUCUCCCACUUCAGGCAGCUCCACUCCCCCACCAACCUCAUCCUUCUCUCUCUGGCGGUCUCGGACUUCUUCGUGGGCCUCCUGGUGAUCCCGGUUGAGAUCCUCAUGACGGGGACCUGCUGGGUCCUGGGAGAUCUCAUGUGUGCGCUGUACUUCCUCCUGCCUUACACCCUGAUCUCCGCCUCUGUAGGGAGCAUGGUCCUCAUAUCAAUCGACCGCUACGUGGCGAUCUGUGACCCCCUGCGUUACCCCACCAGGGUCACUGUGAGGGUGGUGACGGCCGCUGUAUGUCUGUGUUGGCUCUGCUCUGUUGUCUACAGCGUUGCCAUCAUGUAUGAUCACCUGAAACAACCGGGCAGGUAUAAUCCCUGCCAUGGAGAGUGUGUGGUUAACGUGGCGGGAGACGUGGACCUCGCUGUCGCCUUCGUUAUCCCCAUCGCUAUCAUCACAGGUCUGUAUGUGAGAGUGUUUGCAGUGGCGGUGUCUCAGGCUCGUGCCAUGCGCUCUCACACUGCCGCCGUCACAGUCGGGUACUCGAUGACUCUGACGGCGAGGAGGUCUGAGCUGAAGGCGGCCCGGACUCUGGGGGUUCUGGUCGCUGUGUUUCUGAUCUGUUACUCUCCGUACUACUGUCUGUCUAUGUCGGGUGGAAACAUCCUGGUGGGUUCCUCCACUGAGGUGUUCAUGAGCUGCCUGAUGUACUUUAACUCCUGUCUGAACCCGCUCCUCUACGCCCUGUUCUACCCCUGGUUCAGAAAAGCUGUGAGACUCAUUGUCACUCUUCAGAUCCUGCAGCCUGGAUCCUGUGAGGCCAGCGUCCUGUAGAGACUCUGAUGAA